AUGUCUGUUGAUCAGAUUCAGUACUCCGAAAAAUAUUGUGAUGACAAGUUUGAAUACAGGCACGUCAUUUUACCGUCUGACAUUGCUAAAAAUGUUCCCAAGUCGCAUUUAAUGUCUGAAACUGAAUGGCGUAAUUUAGGAGUACAACAAAGUCCUGGUUGGGUUCAUUACAUGAUGCAUGGUCCAGAGCCGCAUGUUUUGUUAUUUCGCCGAGCAAGGACAGAUUUACCGGCACCCAUAAGAACCUCACAAGCAGAAAGCCGAGCUACUCGAUGUAAUUAA